GUUUAUGUGUGCCAGGCUCGCGCAGGACACUCAGAGCCGUGGGCACGUGAAAACUUCACUGAUCGGACACUCCAGUGUUUGUGUGUGUGUUGGUGGUAUUGACCAGAGGUCGGGAUGGUUUGUUUCUCAUCAUGAUGAAGUUUCUCGUUCUGGAGUUCGAUUAGCAGGUGAGAUUCCUCGCGCGCACAAAGAGAGAGAACCAUGUUGUUUUGAUGGCUGCUGUGAUCUUCGCGCUGCUGUUUCUCUAUAUUUAUUUACCGGCCAUCAGCCCGCGGGUCACCGGCGCGCAGCGGCUGCCCGACAUCAUUGUUAUCGGGGUGAGGAAGGGCGGGACGCGCGCGCUGAUCGAGAUGUUGAAACUUCACGGAUCUGUCGUCGCCGCGCAGAACGAAGUUCACUUCUUCGACUGGGACAGUCACUACCAGCGCGGCCUGGACUGGUACCGUUCACAGAUGCCGCUCGCCCUGCCGGGUCAGCUGACGGUGGAGAAGACACCCGCCUACUUCACCAGCGUCAAAGCGCCCGAACGCGUCCUGCGCAUGAAGCCGGACGUCAAACUGCUGUUGAUCGUGCGGGACCCGACGAUUCGUCUGCUGUCCGAUUACACGCAGGUGUUCCACAACCAGCUGGAGAAACACAAACGCCCGCUGCCGCUCGACACUCUGCUCAUGCGCGACGGUGAGUUGAACUCGAACUACAAGCCCUUGAACCGCAGCCUGUAUCACGUGCAUCUGGAACGCUGGCUCGCCGUGUUCCCCGUAGACAGCAUCCACCUGGUGGACGGGGACGCGCUGAUUCAAGACCCGUUAGCGGAAGUAAAGAAGGUGGAGAAGUUCCUACAGCUCGAGCCGCAGAUAAACGCAUCUAACUUUUACUUCAACGCGACGCGCGGGUUUUACUGUCUGCGCGCGCGCGGGCGGGACCGAUGCCUGCACGGGUCGAAGGGCCGCAAACAUCCACCGGUGUCUCCGGAGAUCCUGCAGAAACUCUACGAGUACUUCCGUGAACCCAACCGGAUGUUCUUUGAGCUGGUGGGACGAACCUUUGACUGGAAGUGAGAGACGAAAACCUCCAAAAACCAAACAGUGCUGAAGGGAAGGAACAUAACUGGAAACUAAACGCAAGGUUUGAUGUGUAUGUCAAUACGAAAUGACGAAAAAAAACAUUUAUUUUCUCUUGGAUAAGAGUAUUAUUGACGAUACUAAACAGUAAACAGUCACCGACACGUGUUCUUCAUGAAGUCCGUUAAUGAAGCUUAAUUUACUGCUGCUACUUUAUUAAAUGUGUCUUUAAAUCAUUCAGCAUUACGCAAACCUCAAUGUAUAUGCUAGUUUAUAUUUUCUCUUAUAUCAAAUAUUUUUUUUAAUGAAGGAAGUUUAUAUUAAUAAAGUAUUUUUGUUAUCA